AUGACUAUAUAUGAUAUUUUAAAAGUUUAUUAAUUUAAAGAUAUUAUAUCAUUUCAUAUGAACCUACAGAAAAACCUAUUAAAUAGUUAGAAAAUGGAUAUACUUUGA